AUUUGGCUCAUCAGAUCCUCAACAGUACAACCUGGCAACCAUUUAAAUAACUGUUAAAAUGAAAUGGCAUUUCCAAAUUUCCAAGCCUUUUGAAGGAGUAAAACACAUUAUCGAGAUUCCUCUGAAACACAUCUUAAUUCACCACUAAUGGCUGAAGCAAGCAUCGGUAACAGCCCGAAAAGAUGUGCAGUUGUAACAGGAGCAAACAGAGGGAUUGGACUGGAGAUAUGCAGGCAGUUAGCUUCUCAGGGGAUCACUGUGGUGUUGACUGCUAGAGAUGAGAAGAGGGGGCUUGAUGCUCUUCAUAGGCUCAGAGAUUCUGGUGGUCUUUCUGGUAAUCUGCUCUUCCAUCAGCUUGAUGUGGGGGAUUCAUCUAGUGUUGCUUCGCUUGCUGAGUUCAUCAACACUGAGCUUGGAAGGCUUGAUAUCUUGGUGAACAAUGCAGGGAUUGGUGGAGCUCUCGUAGACGAGGCUGCUAUAAGAGCUGCUGCUGCAGCAGGAACUGAAAUUAACUUUGAAGAGAUAGCAACCCAGACAUAUGAGUUGGCAGUUGAAUGCUUGCAAACGAACUAUUAUGGUGCAAAAAGAAUGGUUGAAGCCUGUGUUCCUCUUCUCCAAUUAUCUGAAUCACCAAGGAUUGUCAGUGUUUCCUCAUCCAUGGGAAAGUUAGAGUGUAUAAAAUAUGGAUGGGCUAAAAGAACAUUAGGCGAUGCUGAAAACCUUACAGAAGAGAGGGUUGAUAAAGUGGUCAAGGAAUUUCUGCAAGACUUCAAUGAGGGUUACCAAGAAGCCAAAGGCUGGCCUUUAGCUUAUGUCAUCUCGAAAGCAGCCUUGAAUGCAUACACAAGAAUUCUGGCCAAGAGAUUCCCAAAUUUCAAGGUGAAUUGUGUGUGUCCUGGCUUUGUCAAAACAGAUAUAAAUUAUAAUACUGGCACUUUGCCUGUAGAAGAAGGUGCUGAAAGUCCUGUGAAGCUAGCUCUGCUGUCCAAUGAUGGACCUUCUGGCUUGUUCUUUUCCAGUAACCAAGUCACAUCUUUUGAAUGAAAAUGAAUCCUUUAGAAACAGUUGUUGUGGUCAAAGAUUAAAUUGUAGACAUGUACUUUCUAGGCAUACUAGUUCCAUGUUAUUUUCGAAGAUGAAGACUAUGAUUUGCUCUGUUAAAUUUGAGACACUCCUUACCUAAGUAUAAACAGUUAUUUCCUGGUUUAU